UGCACGCCGUCGCGCGAUCCUGAUGUUACCUCCGGUGUUGUUUAUCCCAUCCGAUAACGUCUUAUUUUUUGUCAAGAUGUUCCUAAUAUAUCACAGGGGUGGUGAAGCUCGAACACGUGGGUGGUCUGUUGUAUACAGGCAAGAUAUAAUAGCCUGGGUCACGGCGUUGCGGUCAUAACCCAUCCGACCAGGUCUUUCCAACCUUCCAAGGCUAACACCAUGCUGUCGUCUUUGCUGCUCGCUACCCUUGCUACGCAGAGCGUUGUGCUCGCAGCAACAUCUGCAUCUGAACCACCAGAGAGCACAAUUGAACCCACCCUAGCGGCAAUUCAAUCUGCAGCUGCAACUGCCGUUGCACGAUCACCCGUUUCGAAUGUAAAAGGCGCUGGUUUCAGUCGCUUCUACCAGAUCUGGCUCGAGAAUACGGACUAUGCCGCUGCUGCUGGAAAUGGCGAUCUCGAGUUUCUUGCAUCGCAAGGCAUUGCGCUGACGAACUAUUGGGCGGUCACCCAUCCUUCCGAGCCUAACUAUGCUGCUUCCGUGGGCGGCGACAUUUUCGGCAUGGACAAUGACGAGUUUCACGCUAUUCCCAAGAACAUCUCAACGGUUGUUGAUCUGUUGGAUACAAAGGGUAUUGCUUGGGGCGAGUACCAAGAAGAUAUUCCGUACCCCGGCUUCCAAGGUUUUAACUACAGCAACCAGCAGACUUUCAACAACAGCUAUGUGCGCAAGCAUAACCCUCUGAUGCUAUAUGAGUCUGUCACAAGCAACUCGACUCGACUAUCUUUGAUCAAGGGUUUCGAUGCGUUCCACAGUGACGUUGUAAACAAGACGCUUCCGCAGUGGGCGUUCAUAACUCCAAAUAUGACCAAUGACGCCCACGACUCAAACAUUGGUGUUGCUUCGACGUGGGCGCGCAACUUCCUGACCCCUCUGUUGAACAAUUCGUACUUUAUGAAUGACACUCUGAUACUAAUAACCUUCGAUGAAGUCGAAACAUACACUUCUGGAAACAAGGUCUAUUCGAUCCUGCUUGGUGGCGCAAUUCCAACUGAGCUGCACGGCACAACCGACAAUACCUUCUACAACCACUAUUCUACCAUUUCAACCGUCUCGGUGAACUGGGGCUUGCCGUCCCUAGGUCGCUGGGAUUGCGAAGCCAAUGUGUUCGAGAUCGUCGCUAACAAGACCGGAUACAAGAAUGUUCAGGUCGACACAACCCACCUGUACUUCAAUUCGUCUUACCCUGGUCCACUAUCCGGCAAGCUCUAUGUGCCGGUGUGGCCAGCUCCUUUAACAAAGGCUUCAUGCGCUUCGGGCAAGGGAGUCUUGUCCUCGGUCGUCUCAACAUGGAAUGGUACGACCCCAAUUUACAACUAUACCAACGUAUACCCAUAUGAUGCUGCUGACAACAACAACAACGGCGGUACUCCUACAACCGGAGGCAGUCUCUCAUCAAGCGGCACUACUUCCUCAGGCAGUACCUCCGCAAGUGGCAGCAGCGGGUCUGGUACAGCAUCUAGUGCAUCAUCAAAAGCGUUAGCAGCAACUCAUGUGCCGGCACUUGGUGUAGCUGGUGUGGCCGGUGUGGCUGGAGCUCUCGUCGCAGCUAUGAUCUAAAAUUCGUCGUCUUUAGUGAUAAGAUCUGGUAUGCUUAAUAAUUUUGGACACGAAUAGUUCAAUGAAACAUAGCCAAUAGUUCCUAAAAA